CGGUAGCUGCCAUAGUAUACCACAAUCAUAACGUGCGCAUGAGGGUAUAGCUGCAAUUGCAUAAAGUAAGUUCUAAAGUGACGCUUUUGGAUGUUGAAAUAGCCAUACCUAUCUGAAGAUUUCAUUGUUUGUUUCAAACCGACUCAUAUCAAGUAUGAAGUACAUAUUGGUCACUGGAGGUGUCAUAUCCGGCAUCGGAAAGGGUAUUAUUGCCAGCAGUGUGGGUACAAUCCUGAAGUCGUGUGGCUUGCAUGUUACAGCCAUAAAGAUCGAUCCUUACAUCAACAUAGAUGCAGGGACCUUCUCUCCUUAUGAACACGGGGAGGUAUUUGUGCUUGACGAUGGAGGGGAGGUUGACUUGGAUCUGGGGAACUAUGAGCGGUUCUUGGACAUCCGUCUGACUAAGGACAACAACCUGACCACUGGGAAGAUCUACCAGUCUGUCAUCAACAAGGAGAGACGGGGGGAUUACCUGGGCAAGACUGUGCAGGUGGUGCCUCACAUCACAGAUGCCAUCCAGGAGUGGGUGAUGAAACAAGCAACAGUGUCCGUCGAUGACGACGGGGUGGAGCCACAAGUCUGCGUCAUAGAGCUUGGGGGCACGGUGGGAGACAUCGAGAGCAUGCCCUUCAUCGAGGCUUUCAGACAGUUCCAGUUCAAGGUCAAGAAGGAGAACUUCUGUAACAUCCACGUCAGUCUGGUUCCACAGCCCUGUGCCACAGGGGAGCAGAAGACCAAGCCCACUCAGAACAGCGUGCGGGAGCUGAGAGGCCUGGGCCUGUCUCCCGACCUGAUCAUGUGUCGCUGUGCCACACCACUGGACAACGCCGUCAAAGAGAAAAUCUCCAUGUUCUGUCACGUGGAGCCGACCCAGGUCAUCUGUGUCCAUGACGUGUCGUCCAUCUACAGAGUGCCCCUGCUGCUGGAGGACCAGGGCGUGGUGGGCUUCUUCUACAAGCGUCUGGACCUGCCCAUCGAGAUGAGGGCUCGGAAGAUGCUGACCAAGUGGAAGGAGAUGUCUGACAGAUCUGACAGGCUCCUGGAGCACGUGUCCAUAGCACUGGUGGGGAAGUACACCAAGUUUACAGACUCCUACGCCUCCGUGAUCAAAGCCCUGGAGCACUCUGCCCUCGCCAUCAAUCACAAGCUGGAGGUCAAGUACAUCGGCUCUGCAGACCUGGAGGCCAACAGCUUGCAGGAGGAGCCAGUCAAGUACCACGAGGCAUGGCAGAAACUCUGCAGCGCUGACGGUGUGUUGGUACCUGGCGGUUUUGGUGUCCGGGGGACGGAGGGCAAGAUCCAGGCGAUCAGCUGGGCCAGGAAGCAGAAGAAGCCCUUUCUAGGAGUGUGUCUGGGCAUGCAGCUGGCCGUGUGCGAGUUCGCCCGGAACGUUCUUGAUUGGCCGGAUGCCAACUCUACAGAAUUUGACCCAGAAUCUAAACACCCGGUGGUUAUUGACAUGCCUGAACACAACCCCGGUCAGAUGGGCGGGACCAUGAGGUUGGGGAAGAGGCGAACCAUCUUCAAAUCCAACACAAGUGUUUUGAGAAAGCUCUAUGGAGAUGUAGAAUACGUGGACGAGAGGCACAGACACCGCUUUGAGGUGAACCCUGACCUCAAGCACCACUUUGAGGAGCGGGGCUUCCACUUUGUGGGUCAGGACGUGGAGGGAGAGCGAAUGGAGAUCAUCGAGCUGGAGGAUCAUUGUUACUUUGUCGGGGUUCAGUACCAUCCAGAGUUUCUCUCCAGACCCAUCAAGCCCUCCCCUCCGUACUUUGGCCUCCUGCUGGCUGCUGCAGGGAAGCUACAGAGCUACCUCCUGAAGGGAUGCCGGCUGUCGCCAAGAGACACCUACAGUGACCGCAGCGGCAGCAGCUCUCCAGACUCUGAGAUCUCGGAGCUGAAGUUCCCCUCUCUCUCCUAGAAUGAACACUUAACUGAACAAGAGACUGGCCUGGACGUGCCUCUUCACCCCGUCACCCAUGCAAACUCAAACAGUCCUCAUGACCUCAGCCCUAACCCCCGAAUCUAAGCCCCCAAGACUCGUUCGUUUAUCAUACCACCGGUGUCCCGUCUCAAUCUGGAUGAAAUGCUAGCCUGGCCAAUUGUGAACAGUAAUUGAAUGGACUCCUUUUACAUUUAUUUAUUUCUAUCUCUCGCUAAAAUCUAUUUCAGUGAGUUGCAGCUCUUCUUCAUUUUUUAAUGCCUUGAUCUCAUGAUUUUAUAGGACAAACUCUUGGACAAAAAUACUCAUGUGAUGUCGGGGACCGUUCCAACAUACAGUGAAAUCUGUGGCGAUCUAUUUAUAAUUCAUGUCAUAAAUAUUGCAUAUUCUGUUGGGUUCCUCAGAGAAAGCCAAGUAGGUGUUGCUCAAUAAUCCCAACUGUUUAUCUGAUGAGGGUUGGGUUUUAUAAUACGGAUGUUCAGAGGUGAGCCAUUAAACAACCAAGAUGACA